AAGAGCGACAGGGUGUGUGUCUGGAGCUCCAGACAGAAGGGCUGCAGCCAGAGGGGCCCUCACAGAAAGCAGCAGCCGAGAAGCUGCCCGGAGUCUGCGAGGGACAGAGCAGCGACCGGACACCCCAGGACAGGAGCCAGGGGGAGCACUGGGCCAGGGAGGAAUCACCCGAAGACAGGCCGGAGCUGGACCCGGUAUCACUGCUGCCAGAGCUGCAUGGGGCUAUCCUCACAAGCCUCAUUCCACUUCAAGAGAUGGCUCAUCCCAAGUUUAGGAGAGAAAUAAAUCUAAAGAAGAAACUCUUGCAAUGUGAGACCCUACCAAGAUGAGAUUGGGUCCCUGACUUUUUGGGGGGAUCUCCCUAGUACUGCUGCCCUUUACAGAAGGCAAUGGAUUUGGCAAGAACCCAGAUGUAGGGAUGAAAAGGAACACCGCAAUGUGCCUAUGGAAACCUGUACCCCAGAGCAAGCCUUUUCCAUGCGAUCGGUUCAAACAUGCCUGCAGCAUCUGCAGAGGAUUUGUUUAUCUUUACGGGGGUCGGUGCAACAGCAGCCUAAGUGACUUCUGGCGGUACAGUAUAGCAAGCAACAAAUGGGAAAAACUGGAUUGUUCAGAAGAUGGCCCAGAAGAACUGGAAGAACAUUCAAUGGUGGCUUAUCAGGGCAUCCUCUAUAUUUUCGGUGGGAUGUUGGAUUCUGCUUUUACACAGGCGAAGAUCCCUCUCUGGAUGUAUGACAUUGAUUCAGCGAGAUGGACUGAGUGCAGGCACACAGCAGUGGAGAUUGAGAGCACUGCUCCAGCUAACAGAAAGGGCCACAGCGCAGUAGUGUACAAUUCCAGCAUGUACAUCUAUGGGGGAUACUUCGACAUCAAAGGGAUUUCACAAGAGUUUUGGGCUUUAUGUUUUGAUACAGGAGAGUGGUCACAGGUAUCUCCACUGACUUGUGACGCUGGUCCAGGACCCCGGCAUGGUCACUCAGCUGUGGUUUACGGCACGGGCAUGUACCUGUUCGGAGGACUGAUGGGGCUGAGUGAACAGAGGGACCUAUGGAAGUGGGACUUUACAAGCUGCAAGUGGUCCACUAUCAGAACAAGCCAACGUCCUCCAAAAGUGGUGGGACACUCUUCUGUGGUCUUUCAAGACUCCAUGCUGACUUUUGGCGGAGGGAUUUCAAACUCUAGGCCUAACAACAGCUUGUGGAAGUACCAUUUCAGUUCCCAGAUAUGGGAAAAACUGGCUAGUACAACAGAGGUAAUUCUUUCUUCUAAAAGGUAUCACCGCAUCCUGGGAAUUGGUGUUGGUUUCCAACUGACGCCAGGUUUCUCUGGGGUAUCCCCCAUCAAUCACUGGUGUCCAAAGGGGAAAGAGCCUCAAAAGUUGGCAGUGGUCUCAAAGCAGUGUGCCCAUUUUCAUGGCUACUUUCGCCAGCAGCCUGUACACCAACCAUUCAGCAAUGACGAUGGCAACGAGAUAGAAAUGAAAACCUUUAGCCAGCCUCUGGAGCCAUUGGGCUUUUGCUCAUUCCAAACCUCUUCCGAGGCAGAACUGUGCGCAGACAAAGCACAGAGCAUAUUUUCCAAAAAUGAGCAUCUCUCCCACCUCAUCGCUUCCCAAGAACAAGCUCUCACUGCCACUGAAGUUACAAAAAACAGGAGAGGAACUGACUGUCAGCCUGAGAGACCUGGGAGCAUGGCAGUUACCAACCAUCCUGAUAUGCUGCUCCUGAUUGGGGGCAAGCCCCUGUCCAGUCUCUGUGAAAUCUCACUCUGGCAAAUGGAGCUGAACAGCAUUUAAAUGACAUACACAUAAGAAGGGAGAAGAGAGCCAUUCCCACCUGCUUCUCAGCAGAACUAACCAGGAAGUAUUAUAUUCAGUGGCCUACUGCACAUUCUGGGUGAAAAACAGUCUUCCUAAUAACUUACCUGAACUUCUUUUUAUACAGUCUUGGUUCAUGAAGAUUAUUUGGCAAGCUGUGUAUGUGUUCAAAAAGAAAGUGAGGAGAGCCCAGAGAGAGAGCUUGCUGCAGAGGAAGACUUGGAAAUUGUUAAUAAAGAAUCUGCCUGUUUAUUUCUACUGUGUUCAGGGAAACAGGACUUUGUGUUCAGUCUCUGUAAUGAAACAAGAUGGCACCAAAAAAAUAUUCCUGGCUCAUAUUGCCAAUUUAUCCUUCUAACUGAAACAAACCUCCAAGGUCCUGAAUAUUGGCCUGGGCCAAGUGGGCAGCAGUAUUAUGCUAUUUAAAUGGAAGAUUUGGGGGUUUUGCAAAUAGAGACAGACCAGCAUACAGCAGCCAUAAAAUGAGCAAAUGAGGUCUUGAGUUGUAUUAACACAGGGACUGACGAUAACACCAAAGGAGUUAUAUUGUUAGGCCCUGGUGGUACUUAGACCCUAGUUGAAUACUUUGUGAUGUACUGAUCACCAUCCUGCAGGAAGUAUAUGUGGCCAUGGGGAAGGUAUAACAUAGUGCUGCAAGAUAGAUCCUAGGACCAAGGACAUGAUAAAAGGCUUGGACAUUUUCUUACUGGAAAAAGAGAGAGCUUUUAAGUGAGCUUUUUGGUUCAACAAAACUGACUGAGAAACUGUUCAUGCUGACAGAGCUCAAAAAUUGGGGCCAGAGUCAAGGGGAAAUGCCACUUCCUUUCUAAUUUCUGCUUUAAUCCUCCAGCUCUGUCAUUUUUAAAAAACUGUUUUCACAUACCUUAAAAUAGCAAAGUGCAUAUCACACAUUUCCCUUCUACAGCGAGUGCAAAGAAAAGAAAAAAAAACAUCUCCAUAGAACUCAGUAGUGGCUCUCCUGCAAAUGCUGGGAAAAGUUGAAAGGUAAAAGUACUGAAUGUACAUACACAAGCUAUUGCAAACAUUUUUUGCCAGAUGCUGCCAUCUCAUGGCCUGAACCUGAAGAGUUUGGAGCACCCUCAAUUGCCACUGAAGUCAAAGGCAACUAGGGAUAUUCAGCACUUUUCAGGAGAUUCAGUACCUGGCAAGUUCAGGCUAUUUUUCUCAACUUCAUGAUGUUUUUAAUAAUGUAUUUUUAUGACCCCUGAAUGUGCAACUUGUAACGAAGGCCAAAUGUAGCAUAAAUGAAGGAGGUGCAGAUAUAUGGCAAAAGGCCCUCAUUUUAUUUAGGAUUUAUUUUAGUAUAUUUAAAAAAAUCCCCCUCCAUCUAGUUUCAUUAACUAGAUGUAUCACUUUUUAAAAUACUGUCACAAAACUUCUGCCUUUAGAUCAUGUAUUUGUCAGCCUAGCCCACAGAGCUAUUUGAUAUUGCCAUAUAAAUUCACUACAGAGUUAUUUAACUUAAUGGUUAAUCUUUAGCCUCUCUUAUUACUGAAGUCAAACUUUUAAUGAUACUGGUAGCAGUGUUAUUUUAAUACCAGGUACUUAAUCCAAAUACUGGGUUGGAGGAGGGUAGUAAGUUGCGUAACCAUGGAAUUAUUUCAGAUCGCUGUGAAGGCAGGUGAGAUGUACAUUAAUUCCUACAUCUGGAAAAGGAACAGUUCUGACUACACCAUCAGAGUACAGGAGAACCUCAGAGUUACAAACACCUCGGGAAUGGAAGUUGUUUGUAACUCUGAACAAAACGUUAUGGCUGUUCUUUCAAACGUUUACAACUGAACAAUGACUUAAUACAACUUUGAAACUUUACUAUGCAGAAGACAAAUGCUGCUUUCCCUGUCUUUUUUUAGUAGUUUAUGUUUAACAGAAUACUGUACUUGCUUUUUUUUGUCUGCUGUUGCCUGACUAUGUUCUUUCCAAACGAGGCAUGUGGUUGAGAGGUCUGUUCGUAACUGAGGUUCUACUGUACUAAGCCUGCAUUACUUUUCUACGCUCUAAUUCAUGAUUUUCUAUAAAGGGGUUUCUAGUCUGAAUCACGGACUUAUUUUUACACAUUCUAAACAUCAAACAAGGAAUUUACCUCUUUUGACACAGACACAUUUCCAACCACUGAUUACACGGUGGAGGUUCCAGGAGCCUCUUGGAUUGCCUAGACCCACAAAACAGUCUCAAGUCUUCAGUAGAGAUGUAUAUACGUGCUAUCUUUUGGGUUGGUGUGAAGUGACUGGUUACAGUGCAGGCUCUGACUGAACCCAGCUCCCUAACAAUUGGGCUCAGUGACAUCAGAGUUAAGCAUAGGCAGAGCCCACUAAUCUUAAAUCAGAUGCAUGUUUUUCCCUGGCUUACUGAUGGGUCUGUUUUUAUGUCAGCCAGAGUGAGCUGUAUGGACCAUAUUGACUUUUAUCUUCUCUAGGAUUGACUGGGGAGGCAAGGGGUAUGUAGCUGCAAAGGGCAGCUGUAGAUCACCCCUAGAUGCCAGCAGAGACUGUUCAUUCGCUGGCUGUCUUGCUUCUAAAUCUUUAAAAUCAAAUGUGAUUUGAUCCUGGAAGGGAGGUUUUGAAAUUCAAAGAGCUCAGCCUUGUGUGUCACAGUCCCUUACAGACAGGAGCUCUCCUCUGCGGGGGCACGCGUGCCUUUUUGCCAUGAAUGUUUGUAUUCCUAGCCUGCUGCAAGCAGCUUGAACUGAGCCCUCAGUAAGCAAUAUUUGCUUUCAGCACUGUAUUACUAUCAACUGGAGCAGCUUGCAUUUCAGUGCUUUAGUAACAGUUACUGUAGUUAAUGGCUGCGGUAAUGUUUUCCAGAAACCUUGAAUAGCGUCACCCUUCCCCUUGGUUGUUACCUAGUAAGAUUUUUAAUGAAAAUGUUUAUUUCUAAAAGGAGGGGAAAAGUUAGCCGACUUGAACAAAACGCUCCAUAACCCCGUUACAGCUGCUCACCCUAUCUAUACAUGUGUUUGGCAUGGAUUCAUGAAUUGUCAUUCGUUUAACUCUGGCCCAAGUUAGUAAUGACCAAAAGUCAUUACCAUCUGGUGGCACUGCAGUGGUCUGUGUGAAAUAAUCAGUGGAUUAGCUCCAGUUAGUAGCUAUCACCGCCAUUAGCAUCUUUGUUGGCAAGUCGGGUGAAGGGACUCAUUUCUCCACUAGAGCUGCUCACUUAAACACAGGGAGUAGGCCAGCGUGGCAGAAGUUUGCACUGCUGCCAUCUGUCCUGGACCUCUUCACUGCCUAAACAUACUAUUUUCCAAUGCUUGAAACAUUUCCUAAGCAGUACACUCACUUUAUAAAGUGAAAGGGUAUAACCAGGCUAUUUGUAUUAACCUGUUCUGGAACUGCAAAUGUAUCGUUAUAGCUUGAAAAGGGAGACUAUUUUAAAGUCUAGUAUAUUUAUAGAAUUAAGAUAUAAGAACAAAUCUGUCCUUAUUGAUUUAAUAACUUUUUGUAAGACACAGUAAAUCUACAUUAGGUCAGAAUAUUCUGAUUCUUUGUUUACCAUUGGCUACUUCUGAGCAACAGAAGAAACUGGUAUCAAUAUCGAGGGCAGGGCAGUUAGCUGCAAAAUGGACAUUUUAUUGUGAAUGAUAAGAGGCAAAAGUAAAUGUACGUUUUCUAAUUCAAUAAAAGUAUGUUAAGUCAA